UCACCAUUGGCUAGUGGGGAAAGAAGCUGCGCGCAAAACCAACCCGCUGCUCACACUCGCCUGACAGAAGCCGAGCUGAGAACAUCAUCCGCUUUGAGCGCACUGACACACCGAUUACAUUCAUGCAGCGAAGUUGAGGGGGAAAUACCUCCUAUUCGUCAUUGUCUUGUAUAGAAAUGUUAUUUAAUUUUUUCCCCUCGUCCCCGCCCACUCCCUUCUAAAUGCCAGGAAUUGCCUGUUUUUGUUGUGUGACUUUUUAAGAAGAAAACGGCACUCUUUGUACGCACAGGAAGUGUUGGCUAUAUGCACCCUGGCUCCAGUCUGACGCCAAAUCUCACAGCCGGCUGCAGAAUUGAUUAAAUCGGAGGUGCUCGGAUCAGAUGGCUGUGCUUCACACCGCUCAUGUCAAAGGAGAGGAAACUCGCAACCUUUUUUUCCUCCAUUCACGCUGACUGCCUUUUUGCAGCCAGAUAACUUGGGAAAUGCGCCUUUCUUGUAAAAAAUAAGGAGUACAUUUUUUUUAAAAAAGUACUUUUCUCCCCUCGUCUUGAAGUGCUCUUUGAGGGAGUAAGCAUGAUUCGAUUGCUUUUACUGGUCUCCAUCCUGGAAGGAGCGCUCUCUCAGCUCCGCUACUCAGUGGCAGAGGAGCAGGAACCCGGGACUGUGGUCGGGAAUAUCGCGGAGGAUUUGGGGCUGGACAUUACUAAACUUUCCGCUCGCCGCUUCCAGACAGUGCCUAGUUCACGGACACCUUACCUGGAAAUGAAUUUAGAAAACGGCGCGCUUGUGGUGAGAGAAAAAAUUGACCGGGAAGAAAUCUGCAAGCAGACCAUCCCGUGCCUAUUGCACCUGGAGGUGUUUUUGGAGAAUCCAUUAGAACUGUUUCGCGUCGAGAUUGAAGUGAUGGAUAUCAACGACAACCCACCCAGUUUUCCCGAAGCUGACAUUUCAGUGGAGAUAUCCGAGAGCGCCAUCCCCGGGACGCGCUUCCCAGUGGAGAACGCAUUCGACCCGGACGUGGGCGCGAACGCUCUCAGCACAUACGCCAUCACCAAUAAUAACAAUUUCUACCUGGACGUGCAGACUCAAAGUGACGGGAACAAGUUUGCGGAGUUAGUGCUGGAGAAGCCUCUGGACAGGGAGCAGCAAGCUGUGCAUCGCUACGUGCUCACGGCUGUGGACGGAGGCAACCCGCAGCGCACCGGAACCGCCCUCCUGGUCGUUAAAGUUCUCGACUCAAACGACAACGCGCCCACUUUUGACCAGUCCGUCUACACAGUUAGCUUACAGGAGAAUUCCCCCGUGGGCACCCAAGUUAUUCAACUCAACGCUACUGAUGUUGACGAGGGGCAAAACGGGGAAAUUAUUUAUUCGUUCAGCAACCACAAUACCCCGCGGAUUAAAGAUUUAUUCAGCAUCGAUGCCAGAACAGGCAGGAUCGAAGUGGCCGGUGAGGUGGACUAUGAGGAGAGCAACACACACCAGAUUUAUGUGCAGGCUAAAGAUUUGGGGGCUAACGCUGUCCCCGCUCAUUGUAAAGUGCUCGUGAAACUCGUGGAUGUGAAUGAUAACACUCCAGAAAUUGGCUUCAGCACUGUGACUGAGUCUGUGAGCGAGCAGGAUGCACCUGGCACCGUGAUCGCACUUUUCAGCGUAUCGGAUCGGGACUCAGGUGAGAAUGGUCUGAUGAGCUGUGAGAUCCUCGGAGAUGUUCCUUUUAAGCUCAAGUCGUCUUUUAAAAACUAUUACACAAUCGUGACGGACGGCCCUCUGGACAGAGAGAUCACAGAGUCAUAUACUAUCACAGUGGUGGCAAAAGAUAAAGGCCAGCCCGCUCUUGCCACCAGUAAGUCCAUUAAAGUUCACGUCUCUGACGAGAAUGACAACGCGCCCCGUUUUACACAGGUGGUUUAUGAAGUGUAUGUGACAGAGAAUAAUGUGCCUGGAGCUUUCAUACACGCUGUGAGCGCGUUAGACCCUGAUAUUGGUCAGAAUGCUCUCAUCACUUACUCCAUAUUGGAGUGUGACAUACAGAGCAUGUCUGUGGACACUUACGUUUCCAUAAAUCAGGACACUGGUUACCUUUACGCACUGCGCUCUUUUGAUUAUGAACAGCUCAAAGAGUUCAGCUUCAUGGUCCAGGCAAAGGACUCCGGAACACCUGAGCUCUUCUCUAAUGCGACUGUGAACGUCAUAAUAGUGGACCAAAAUGACAAUGCCCCAACUGUCAUAGCCCCCAUUGGUAAAAAUGGCACCGCUAAAGAGCCCCUGCCACGUUCUGCUGAGCCUGGCUACCUUGUGACACGUGUCGUGGCGAUGGAUGCAGACGAUGGCGAGAACGCUCGAGUGACCUACAGCAUCUUGCGGGGCAACGAACUGGGCACAUUUCGUAUGGACUGGAGGACAGGAGAGCUGAGGACCGCACGUCGGGUCUCUCACAAACGGGACUCUCAGGGCCAUUAUGACCUGCUAAUAGAAGUAAGGGACAACGGGCAGCCCCCCUUAUCAUCGUCAGCAAGCGUGAGCGUGAUAUUAGUGGACAGUGUGGUCGAAGGUCGCAGUGGGGAUCGUGGCACUGCCUCCAAGGCGAAGGAGACCUCUCUUGACCUGACACUCAUUCUGAUUAUAGCUCUUGGCUCCGUGUCUUUCGUUUUUCUGUUGGCUAUGAUUGUCUUAGCCGUACGUUGUCAAAAGGACAAGAAACUAAACCUGUACACUUGCCUGUUGGCUGGCGACUGCUGCAUGUGUUGCGGCUCCUGUUGCAGCAGGCACGCUCGAGGCCGCAAGCAGAAGAAAUUGAGUAAGUCCGACAUCAUGUUGGUCCAGAGUACCAAUGUGACAUCAGGUGUUGGGCCUGUGGGGCAGGUACCUGUGGAGGAGUCGGGAGUGGGGAGUGUGGGAGGAGGAUUUGGCUCCCACCACCACCAGAACCAGAACUCCUACUGCUACCAAGUUUGUCUGACACCAGAGUCUGCCAAAACUGAUCUGAUGUUCCUAAAACCAUGCAGUCCCUCACGAAGUAAUGAUACGGAUCACACCAACCCGUGUGGCGCCUUAGUUACUGGUUACAGCGACCAACAACCGGACAUCAUAUCCAACGGCAGCAUUCUUUCCAGUGAGAAUAAACAUCAACGUGCGGAACUCAGCUACCUAGUGGACAGACCAAGACGUGUUAACAGUUCAGCCUUCCAAGAAGCAGAUAUCGUCAGCUCUAAAGACAGUGGUCAUGGUGAUAGUGAGCAAGGCGACAGUGACCACGAUGCCACGAACCGUGGCCAUUCUGCCGGUGCUGAUCUGUUCUCCAACUGCACAGAGGAGUGCAAAGCCCUGGGCCACUCUGACCGCUGCUGGAUGCCAUCCUUCGUCCCGUCUGAUGGACGCCAGGGGCCAGACUACCGCAGCAACCUCCAUGUUCCCGGAAUGGAUGCUACACUGCCAGACACUGAGGUACCCUCCUCUGUCAACCUCUCCGACCAAGUCGCCCUGACAUCGUCCACCACUUCGUCCAACGAUAGGUCAUUCUUCACCUUUGGCAAGGAUGGUCAAAGGUCACAGUCACACAACAGCCUUCACCAUCACCUUCAUCCGCAACAGCAACAGUACAGCUCCAGCACUCUAGAGAGGAAAGAGUAUGAUAGGGGGACCCUUCCGUACAAAUCCACUUUUCUCUGUGAGUAUCAGUAUGAGAAAUCCCUAGGACCCUUUGACUUUGGUCUGGUCCAGUACAGAUACUAGAGGAGACAGUGCUGAAUAUGCCUCUCAGAUUUGGACUAUAAGCCUUUAGUUCUCCUGUUUUUAAGGAGCUCCAAAGAGCAACCUUAGUUUGCUGUAUUGAAGUUUUGUAAUUGAUUGUUUUUGUCAGAUGUAAAAUGUAAUCCCAAUAUUAUUCCUCCUUUCUCCAAUCCACCAAAUUAGAUUUCCCCACUAACUGUCUGUAAUUAUGUUACAAUAUAUAUAUAUUUUUUAUUAUUAUUAUUUUUCUUUUUUUUGAGAAAGAAAAAAAUGUUUCAUAUAAAUCUCCUGUAGCACAUUUUUGUCCCUCUGACCCGUUGUGAAUUUCCCCUGUCAAAUUCUUGACCAAGCUAUAUUUUUUAUCUGGUGCACUGCUCAUAUAAGUAAAGGUCAUCAACAUCAAGCUCACCUCAUGUUUUUAUUUAUUUCAUCACCACGCACGUACAUCUGAAUACAGUUUAUAGUUUCAAACUUGAUUUGAAUCCGUACGAUUCUGGAAAUGAUUGUACUCCAUGACAAACCACACUUGGAAAAAUAUCUUUAGUUAGUAAAGUUGAGCUGCAUACAUCAUACUGAUAUCAAUUGGAACAUAAAAGAGAAUUUCCAGCUCUAAAGCGUUCUACAGCAUUCAUUAGGAGACAAUAACAAAUCCUUUUGCAAGCUCCCGCAUAGCAUGAAUAAUCUAUUAGCUCUAAGAGUAGGGAAUGGAUUCGAUAUACACACUCAGUAGAGGGGUCAUUUCCAAUCAAGUCACUAGCAUGUAUGCAAACAUUCUCCAUGAAACUGCAUGCUGUUUGUGGGCUGUCUCUAAGGUAAAAAAUGGUUUGUGAACUUGCAAACUGUGCCAACCAAUUUCUCUCCUAAACAAUAAUUGCCUGUGUGGAAAAGUCAUUGCUAUUUUGCCUUUAGCUGCCAGUGAAAACUGAAAAAAAAAAUGAUAACAAUGAAAAAAUAAGGCAUUUUUAACUAUGACCCAAUUUUUGAUAAUGAACGAAAACAAUUUUAUUCAUUCAUCUUAAAUUAAAUAAAUUGAAUCGUGUUUUUUUAUUACAUAAUGUAAAUAUACUCCUUUCAUUAAACCUGAAUAUUUUAACUUCAUAUAACACAUUUUUGAGCCCGGGAGCAAACACUUUUUUUUUUAAAGUUGUCCCAAAUCAAAUAUUUUAAGUCUUCAUGAUUUACAAUUGUUUUUUAAUUGAAUCUAAAUAUUAUUCAUCUUCUAUAACACUUAUUCUAGCCUUUGCAUGGGUACUGGAGCCUAUCCCAGCUAACUACGGGCAGGAAGCAGAGUAUACCCUGAACUGGUUGCCUGCCAGUCACAGGGCAUAUGUAGACAAACCAUAAAUCAUACUCACAAUGACACCUUUGGAGUAUUUUGAGUGUCCAAUCAGCCGACUACGCAUGUUUUCGGAGGAAACUGAGCAGCCAGAGAAAACCCAGUCAGGCACAGGGAAAACAUGCAAACUCCACACGAAGGGCGUGCCCGGAGUUGAACCCUCGAUCUCUGAAAUGUGAUGUGAAUAUGUAACCACUUAUCCAUUGUGUACGGUGGAGGGGUUAGUAUGCCCGCCUCACAGUUCUGAGAUCAAAGAUUAAAUCCGGGGCAAAGGCCUUGCUCUGUGGAGUUUGCACGUUCUUCCCGUGACUGAAUGGUUUUUCUACGGGUUCUCCGAUAUCCUCCCACAUUCCUAAAACAUGCACGGUAGGCUGAUUGAACAUUCCAGAUUUUUCCUAGAUAUGAGUUUGUGUGGCGUUUGCAUGCUCUCCCCGUGCCUGGGUGGGUUCUCUCCAGGUACUCUGUUAUCCUCCCACAUCCCAAAAACAUUCAUGGUAGGCUGAUUGAACACUCAAAAUUGUCAGUAGGUGUGAGUGUGUGCGUGGAUAGUUGUCUGUCUCUAUGUGUCCUGCGCCUGGUUGGCAACCAAUGGCGUACCGCAAGCAACACGUCACUUUUGCUCAUUAAUAUUCAUGACGUUAGCAAUUGUUGCUAGGGGGGUCAAACUCGCGUUUGUCCCUCAUGCUAAAUGCAUGUAAAUAGUGUAUGAACAAGAUGUUUACUGAGCUAGACUCACCAAUUAUGUCCGAAAAUGAUGUCCCUGGUGCCAAAUUAACACGUACAGAUGUGGAAGAACAUACAAAUGUUCAGUUGAAGACAUGGCUUGAAUGUUGAGGGCUGAAAAAGAUGGGAAAAAGAGCCGACCUGAUCCAGAGUUAGCUUUUUUAUCGACACCUUUUCCUUGUUUGCAUUGCCUUUCGCCACUGACAAUGACAUUCUCCUGUUUCAACAAUCUAUGCUUUACCACCAUAUGCCCUGUCUUUCUUAUAUAUUUUAUACUCUCGUUGUCUUACGUCUCUGAGCGUUCUUGGGGGCAAAUUACAUUGCUAUUUUUGUGUAGCGAUCGCAAAUGCUACUCAGUGACAGCCAACGAACACUUUUAAUUUUUUCAUUAAUGACAAAUCUUAAUUCUAAAUUUAUUUACACUUUCCCCUUACUAAAGUUGUUUUUUUACAACGGAAAAGGUGACAGUGGCAGUCAUAUACCACUUUAAUUUUUUUCAGGUCAUUCAUUGUCAGAAAGAAGCAGCACAGCAAAACGCCACGCUAAAAAAAUAAGUAAAAAUAUAAAAAUUGCUUACCUCUUCGUCCUCUGUAUGACCAACACAAAAUGUUUACUGCAUAUGAAAUGUGAAUGGCUUCACCUUGCUGGCGUUAAACUGGUCUUUUGGACGUCCACACAAGUUGAUCCAUUCUUGACAUUUUUUGGAGUUUUUGGUUUCGGGAAACAAACGAAGAAAGCAUCCUUCAUAUGUCGCAAUGUCUAGAGUCGUUUCUACAAGUUCCAUAGCAGCAGUGUUUGCUCGGAAUGUUCUUUUUGAAACAUUACCGGACAAAACAAGCAGAAAUAACAAGGAUUGUAUGCGAGGGCAUGUCUAUAAUGACCCACUUUCGAAUUACGAUGGUGACUUCUUGGUCUAAAAAAAGCAUUCGUGGGGUACGCUAUUAAGAGUGUACCCUGCCUCCUUCCCGCUGUUAGCUUCGAUAGUUUCCAGCAACCCCGUGACCCUUGUGAGGAUAAGCGGCUCAGAAAAUGAAUCAAAGAAUGAAUUAAUAAGUUUGUGUGUGAAUGAUUGUUUGUAUGUAUGUACCCUAUGAUUGGCUGGCAAAAAAUCAGUUUACUGCCAAUAGUUAGCGGGGAUAUGCUCCAGCACUCCUAUACGUGAAGAUAAGCGGCACAGAAGAUGAAUAAAUGAUGUUGGAUUUUUAAAUAAAUGAGAUUGGUCCUAGCAUAGCAGAGGUUGUGCCACUCCACUCCACAGGAUGAUGUGCUAAAAUAUUAUUUUUGUUGUGUGGUGCAAGUUCCAUAUUUUUCAAAGUAUAAUUUGAAACUUUUUGUCCCACCCUUGAAAAAAACAAACAAACAAAAAAACAGUACUUAUGUAUCAUAUACUCCCCAUAUUUGUUGAUCUCGAUGUGCAAAAACUGACGUAUGGUAUUAUUUUCAUAGUAAUUAGAAUUUUACUGGGUGAUUCAAAGAAAUUUUAGCAUACUGGAUAGCUUGCGUCUCAUACAGAACAGUACUACUUCUGAGCCACGAUCACUCAUGCAGGUGGAAACAAAGCUCGGAACUUGGACAUUUUAAAAUGUUAACAUUGUUGUUGUCACAACACACAAUGCUUAGUGUUGUUUUGGACACUAAGCCACUUAACAAAAUAACAUCAACACACACGUGCAUGUAUGUAUUGAACCUGCAUUUGACUGGCAACUAUCAAUAGUUAAGCUAAGUUAUGCUCCCACACUUCCGUGACCCUGGUGAGGAUAAACGGGUUAUCCUGUUUUUUUUACUGUGUGUUUUGUUUUGCUGAAAAUGUUAAAUUAUAUUUAAGAAAUAUUGUUCUUGUUUUAGUAUACAAAAUGAAAUUCUUUAUCAUCAAUCCAUGUACACAGUAUUUACUGGCACAAUUACCAUAGUGUAUGUUCUACAUAAUAUAAACAGCCGAUUCUAAAUUACCAUAUUUACUGUUUUAUUAACUCCCAUCCUUAAGGUUUAGUUUUACACACUGUGUAGGGACCGUUUAUAGUGUAUAAAUUUCUUUGCAGAGUCCUUCGUUGCGUGUAUACCUCAAUGAGCUUUAUUUGAGCACUUACUAAAAAGUCACUUGGGAAAUGGUGUCAUUUGUCUUAAUGGCUGUUCUCUGU